UGUCGAAUCUGCCUUGCUGCGCUGCUGCUGUGUUGCUAUCAAGGUCUCUGUUUGUUUCGGCCGACACCGAAACGUCGUCCUGUGCAAAAUUUCCAUUCCCACCUCCUGCGCCUCCCCUCACACGUCUUAAGAAACGGGAGGCUUGUCUGAUAUCAAGCUUUUUAUUUCUUCUUGACACUGCGUGCCCAGACGGGCUGGAGCCCUUCGCCUCGCCUCAACUUGGCAAGACUGCCAACGCCCACGACUCCCUUGCAUCUACCCUCCCUGCCUUCUCGUCUCUCUGUUCUCGCCGUGAGGCUGAGUAACCGGCAAAAUGGGCUUCAAUCUCCACGCCGACGGGACGAACGAUCCCAAGGAGGUCCGCAAUUGGCGCAUCCACAUGAUCGCCAUCAUCGCCUCCAUGAGUGCCAUUGCCAUGGGUUAUGACACCUCCGUCAUUGGCGGCACCAUGGCGCUCGACUCGUUUCGCCGCGACUUCGACCUGGCAGACACCGACCCGACGGUCCGUGACACCCUCCAGGGAAACAUUGUCUCCACGUUCCAGGCGGGCUGCUUCUUCGGCGCCCUGCUCACGUUUCCCCUGGCAGAAUGGAUGGGCCGUAAGAAGGCCAUCAUGAUGUCCGCCUUGGUCUUCCUGGCCGGCGGCACUCUCAUGACCGCUGCCCACGGCGAGAUUGGCAUGUUGAUCGCAGGGCGUGCCGUUGCUGGCCUGGGCAUCGGCGCAACCUCACUCAUCGUUCCGGUCUACAUCUCUGAAAUAAGCCCUCCCUCGAUUCGAGGCCGGCUUGUUGGCCUCUUUGAAAUCGCCUCCCAAGGAGGUGGCAUGUGCGGCUUCUGGGUGAACUACGCCGUCGAUCGAACCAUUUCCGACUCGCUCCAGGCGCAGUGGAUCGUUCCUCUUGGCCUGCAGCUGCUGCCCGGAGUCCUGCUCUUCUUUGGCAUCUUCAUCUGUCCCGAGUCGCCUCGCUGGCUGGCCAAGAACGAUAGGUGGGAAGAUGCCAAGAAGGUCCUGGUACACAUCCGCACGCUGCCCGCGGACCACGAGUACGUCAACACCGAGAUCUCGGAUAUCAGGCGCCAAGUGGAAGAGAGCAGUGCGAACCGCAUGACAAAGAUGCAGAUGUUCAAGAGGCUCUUCGAGAAGGGCUCUCGCAACCGCAUCGGCAUUGGUCUGCUUCUCAUGGCCUGCCAAAACCUGACGGGCGUCAACAUCAUCACAUAUUACUCGCCUCGUAUUUUUGAGACCCUUGGCAUCACAGGCACAAGCACCAAGCUUUUCGCCACGGGCUUUUACGGUAUCGCCAAGACCCUCGGUAUGGUCAUCUUCACCGUCUGGCUCGCUGAGAAGGUCGGGCGCCGCAACGGCCUCAUCUGGGGCGCCUUCAUCGGGUCUCUCCCGAUGUGGUACAUCGGCGCGUACGUGUUCCAGGCCGACCCGGCCGGCCAGGCUGCCGCCGGCAACGUCGACCGCAACGCGUGGGGAUACAUCGCGAUGCUGUGCGUGUAUCUUUACGGCCUGAUUUACUGCGCCACUUGGCAAGGAAUCACAUGGCUGUACUGCAGCGAGGUCUUUAGCUUGGACAUCCGCAUGCUGUGCGUGGCGAUCACAACGGCAGACCAGUGGCUGUGGAGCUUCAUCGUCUCGCGCACCACGCCUUACAUGAUUACAUCGCUGGGAUACGGGACGUACAUGUUCUUCGGGACCCUCAUGAUCCUGAUGGGCAUCUGGGCCUUCUUCUUCGUGCCGGAGACCAAAGGUCUCACGCUCGAAGAUAUGGACUUGCUCUUCAUGCGCAGCAUGCACAAUACAGUAUGGACCGCCCUGCGCGAGAAAAAGAGCGUCAAGGACGUCUUGGCGGAAACCUCGCCCGCGGCCGCGGCCCACGCGCCUUUGUCGGAGAAGGAGCUUGGUCUGGCGUACGUGGACACGGUGGAGGACAAGACUGUCGCGAGGGAGACGGAACAGAAGGGGGUUUGAGUAAACGAUUUUUUUUUUUCCUUUGGUGUUUUCGAGGCGUCUGGGAGGCGGCCUCUUUGCGCAGCAGUCAGUCAGUCAGUCACUCAGUCACCUGGAUAGAUAUCAUUU